CUGCAUCUCCACUUCUUGAACGCUGGAUAAGAUGUGCUUGAGUGUAUAAAGAGUUGGUUUUUUUCCCACUUCAUACGGUUUCAGGUUUCUGAAGAAUAUAAGUUAGUCCCAGACACGCUUUACCUCACCGUGAGCCUCAUUGAUCAUUUUCUUUCUCACAAUUUUAUAGAAAAACAAAGGCUCCAGCUACUUGGCGUUGCUUGCAUGCUAAUUGCCUCAAAGUAUGAAGAGAUUUGUGCACCAAGAGUGGAAGAAUUUUGCUUCAUCACUGAUAAUAUCUACACAAGAGAAGAGGUGCUGAAAAUGGAGAGCAAAGUUCUAAACUUCUUGUAUUUUCAGUUGUCAGUUCCAACCACAAAAACAUUUCUCAGGCGGCAAGCACAGGAAUCGGAAAUAUUAACCAUUGAUGUGAAGCCAGGGUGGAAGAAAGGAACAAAAAUUACUUUCCCAGAUAAAGGAAAUGAGCAGCCAAAUCAGCUUCCAGCAGACCUUGUAUUUGUAAUUGAUGAGAAACCCUAUGAUCUUUACAAAAGAGAUGGAAAUGAUCUUAUUGUCAACAAAAGGGUGUCACUAGCAGAAGCACUAGGGGGCACUACGAUAAAUCUAACUACUCUUGAUGGCGGUGGUGGUGAUGACACCAUUUUCUAAUUAACUUUAGGUAUCCUAUCGUACAAUUUUUGUAAAGAUGAGCUAGAUGUAUGAAAAGAACCAUAUAUACAUGGUGGGCAGUUGAAACC